UUCUCCUUCAAACAUCUCUUCUUCCUACCCUUUCAUCUUCCGCAUGGAAACAGCAGCAGAUAGCUUUUGGCUUCUAGCCAUCGUGGCGAAAUGCGAAACCUAUACAUCUCGGAACGUCUUAUGGCUCUCACUCAUCCUCGUCUUAGCAUGGCUGGCCACGGCCGUCCUCCACUGGGCCCAUCCCGGAGGCCCAGCUUGGGGAAGACACUUCUGGAAGAAACCUAAGCCCAACAACAAGCCCAUCCCAGGGCCCAGAGGCUUUCCUCUCAUCGGCAGCAUGCAUCUGAUGGCGAGGCUCGCGCACCGCCAGCUCGCUUCCGUGGCUGAUCGCUGCAACGCCAGGCGUCUCAUGGCCUUCAGCCUCGGGGAGACACGUGUCAUCAUCACUUCCGAUCCUGAAGUCGCGAAGGAGAUCCUCAACAGCUCCGUCUUCGCAGACCGGCCCGUGAAGGAGUCUGCCUACAGCUUGAUGUUCCACCGCGCGAUAGGAUUCGCUCCGUACGGCGUGUACUGGCGCACCCUGAGGCGAAUCGCGGCCACUCAUCUGUUCUGCCCGAAGCAGAUCAGCGGCUCGGAAUCUCAGCGGUUCGAAAUAGCCUCCCAGAUGGUAGCAGCCUUCCGUCGCGACGGAAAGGUCACGGUGCGGCAAGUUCUGAAACGGGCGUCUUUGAACAACAUGAUGUGUUCUGUAUUCGGGCGGAAGUACGAGCUCUGUUCUGUGAAUAAAGAAACAGAGGAACUGAGCGGUCUAGUCGAAGAAGGCUACGAUCUCUUGGGGAAGCUGAACUGGUCUGACCAUCUUCCUUUCCUAGCCGGGUUCGACCCCCAGAAAAUCCGGUUCCGAUGCUCCAACCUCGUCCCGAAGGUGAACCAGUUCGUGAACCGUAUUAUCCAAGAGCACAGGGCUCAAACCGGGUCCAAAAACCGGGAUUUCGUUGACGUUUUGCUGUCGUUGCAAGGCAGCGACCAGUUGUCGGAUCCUGACAUGGUAGCCGUACUUUGGGAAAUGAUAUUUAGAGGUACGGAUACGGUGGCGGUUUUGAUAGAGUGGAUUUUGGCGCGUCUCGUUCUGCAUCCCGAAGUCCAAGCCAAGAUUCAUGAAGAGCUCGACACGGUCGUCGGGAAACAACGCCCGGUGACGGAAUCUGACAUCCCGGCGUUGGUCUACCUGCAGGCCGUGAUCAAGGAAGUUCUAAGGCUCCACCCACCGGGCCCACUCCUGUCGUGGGCCCGUCUGGCAAUCACCGACACGGUGGUUGAUGGGCGAAACGUGCCAGCUGGGACUACGGCCAUGGUAAACAUGUGGGCCAUCACACGGGACCCAGCCGUUUGGGCACAGCCCAUGAGCUUCAUGCCCGAGAGGUUCAUAUCGAAGGACGCCGACGUGGAAUUCUCUGUGAUGGGGUCUGACCUGCGGCUCGCGCCGUUUGGUUCGGGCAGGAGGGUCUGCCCUGGCAAGGCCCUCGGGCUGACCACGGUCAACAUCUGGGUCGCGACUCUGUUGCACGAGUUCGAGUGGAUGGAACCGGAGCAAAACCCAGUGAGUCUGUCGGAGGUGCUUCGACUCUCCUGCGAGAUGUCACACCCUCUCACUGCUAACGUGCGCACAAGGCUUAGAUGAGCACUGAUGGCCCGAUCUGUAACUUACGUGUGCAGGAGCGUCGAUCCUCCGUGGAUACUCUAUGUCGGUUGUUCACAGUAGCGUUUUCCUCCUUUUUUUUGUUUUUGUUUUUUGUUUUUUACGGCUUUACCCUUUGUUGUUUCAGGUCUGGUACUUGUUUGGUACUGUAAAAAUGAAAUACAAAUUUAUAUUUACGGUCAGAA